UAUGUACAUUGUACACGGUAUUUGGAGCGCGUAUACCUUGACUUUUGAUCAACCCUGCCAUUCUUCUCAAAUGCAAAAUAAAAGAAAAAAAAGACAAGCUACACAGUAAACAUAGGAUAUCAUACAUUUUGGUAAUAAGCCGGCAUCGAUUUAACGAACGGGAGAGAACGUCACAAGAAAUGGAGAAGAAAAGUGUGUAAUGAGAGAGAGAAAGAGUGUGUGUGUAUGUGUAUGUGCUGAGAGAAAGAGAGUAAAAUCCGAAGUGACAGAAUUUAGCGGGCAACUGUCACAAUUGGCCAUAACCUCACAUAACAAACAAAAAAGUGUAAAUAAACAAAUUCGCACAAGUUGCGCAUAAUCAAAAUUUUCAAAAAGUUUUUGGACAAAAAAAAAAUCAAACAAAUAAAUAAAAGUGCAUGUUUUCUUUCAAACGAACAUGGAAAUAGCUGAGAAAUUCGCUUAUCGAACGGAUCAAUUUAUACCGUUUAGUUUGCAUCGAACGACCGAAAGUGAAUUGUAUUGUGUUAGUAGUCGAACAAAAGUUUAUAUAUCCGAAUUAAUUUACAGUCAUCAUUGCGAUGAACGAAUUUUUAUGGAACAAUCGGUGCUUGGCGAUUUAACGAAAUUUAUGCCAAGUCGUGGUGUACCAAAGAAUGCGGCAAAUAUUUUUAAUAAAUCUACAAAACCCGAACAAGAUCGUUUAUUGGUUGACUAUCAUUUGAUGACAGAAGAAUUGAAAGUGAAUGGUGAACGUGUUGCAUUGGCUCAAACACGAUGGUCACCGAUACAAUCGCAUUUAUCCGGAAAAUACUAUUUGGCAUAUUUAACCAAUUUUGGUGGUUGUGAAAUUCGUCAAAAACAUGCGGGCAAAUUUUCAUGGUGCCUCGUUGUGCAUAAUAUUGCAAAGGAAUGGUUAAUUUUACGUCAGAAAGAUAUAAAAUAUGCGCUCAAUUCAUUUGAAUCGUUUGAAGAUGCCGUUUAUGGCAUUAAAAUUACGGCCAUUUCAUGGAAUCAACGGUUGGAUGUUAAGGAAUGUGAAAAUUUGGAGUUUUGCUUCGUCACAGCCAAUGGAACCAUUGCAUUUUACAAUAUUGGCGGUGAAACACUUGAACUACAAUUCCAAAAGAAACUGAACUGCAAACAAGCCAAUGCCAUCGAAUGGUUCACUUUUACGGAUAAAAACAAUCGACGUCGAUCUUAUAUUGUUGCAUGUGAAAUCAAGGGUGUAAUUAGUCUAUUUAGCGUACGAUAUGAACAAAUUGCAACUAAGUCAACCACCACUAGCACCAGCAUCGGAAGCAUUGCGGAUGUUAUUGAAUCAGCGCAACUAUUUUCCGAUUCGGACGGUGUUUGCGCCAAUGGCAUCCAAUGGGAAUAUUAUCAACAAUGCAAUCAACUUGUCUUUGUCAUUUGCAAGGGAAUGCAUGUGUUUGCCUAUUUAUUUAGCCUCGACAAAGAAACUGUUGUAUCAUCAUGCAACCAUUACGUCGGACAUUUAACGAUAAAUGGUAUAACGAAACGAAAACCAUUGGAAUACGUUGUUGGGACAUUGAGUGGGCACUUGGAGUGUAUACGAUUCAAAAUCGAUGAAAAUACAAUUGCAGUAAAUUCAGAGGCGUUAAAACCACCAAACGGACACUCUAAGUAUGCACUUUAUGGUGUAGCCACUUCAAUAAACAAUGCAUUUCUUUUGUGUGCAUAUUUUGCCGGAAGGCCAUACGAUCAUCUGUCAUUGCGUGAACCAGGUCAUUUGACUGUUUGUCAUCAACUUGGCGGACAAAAAUCAUUGGAAACAUUACAAAAUAGUACGACAUACAAUUUAUCACGGGCCCAAGAUUUGGCCGAAUCAAUUCGAUGUGCACAACUUCGACAUGACAAAAUAUUUGAAAACUACCUCAAGACAUAUCCCAGUGAAAUAGAAUGCAACGAACAAUAUGCGUAUGCAUUAAAAGUUCGUUUAUUGGUAACGAGUGCUCGCCGCACAUAUUUACGCCAAAAAAAUCGUAUAAUUGAAUGUGGCAAUGUGAACAGCGAAUACAAUGUACUGAAAAAGUUCAUCUUGACUCUUCAAUCCUACUCGAUAUUGUUGCAUCUCAAUAAAAUUGCCAAAAAAUUAAAUGAAUUUCAAAUAAUAUCGGCACAGUGCCAUCGACGUUCGUUGUAUGAGUUUAUCAAUUUAAAUGUGGCCAAAGAAUAUGAAUCGAUCAAAGUGCAAUUUCAUCCAUUGAUUGAAACAUUAUUAACAAAAUCGGAUGGACUCGAUAAGCGGGCUAUUGAAAAAUGUGCAUAUUGUGAUGCACCGGUCGAUGGUGUCAAAGGAGUGUGCGAACUAGAACAUAAUUUACCAAGAUGCUGCAUUUCAAUGGUACAAAUACCAUUGAUGAACCAACGUCAAUGCAUUCAUUGUCAAAGUUUUGCGCUGGACGACAUUUCAAAAUUAAAACAAAUUUUACCCUCACUCAAAUCAAUCAUUUGUCCAUUAUGUGACCUGCCAUUGGAUCAACAACAUCUCAAUUUUUUCGAUUAUUUUGAAUAAAGUCGGAAAUUUUAAUCCAAAAAGAAAUUUGUACAAGA